CAUUUUUCGGAAACGUUGAACUUGAAUUACGGAGUGAACAAUUAAUAUUCAAAGAGUUUUUCGAGAUGCAAAUUUGAAAAAUCAAUAAUAUCUUAAUUUCGAUUUGUUUUUGAAAUUCCAAGAAAUUUGUGAAUUAUAUUCAAUCAGCUUUACUUUUUUGAAGUGUCUACCUAUCAGAUGCAUAUACCCCAUUUCAUGAGUCACCCAGAAACAUAAAGAAAGAGUCAUCUGCAUAAGAAAUCAUAUGCCAAAGUUGGAUUACUCAAAAAGUUGCUUCUGAAGAUAAGGAAUAGGAAUAGUAACCAUGGACUGUGGGGAUACCAACAUGAAUAGUGAACAACCUAUUUUUUCUUGUAAAGCACAUGUAUUUCAUAUAGAUCCAAAAACAAAGCGCUCAUGGAUGCCAGCAUCAAGCACAGCAGUUAGUGUAUCCUUCUUUUAUGAUAAUUCCAGGAGCUUGUAUAGAAUAAUAAGUGUUGAAGGCCAAAAAGCAGUAAUAAAUAGCACAGUAACUCCAAAUAUGACAUUUACCAAAACAUCACAAAAAUUUGGUCAAUGGUCAGAUAUCAGAGCCAAUACUGUGUAUGGUUUGGGAUUUUCUUCAGAAGUAGAACUACAAAAGUUUAUCGAUAAGUUCAAUGAAGUGAAAGAAGCAACAAGGAAUGCAAUAAGUAAGGUUACUCUAAAUGGUGCUAAUGUUGUAACACCUGUUUCAAGUGCCAAUGCCAGUCCAAUUACAUCCAGAACAACUGCCACAGAAUCUCCUGACAACUUAUUAGAACCUCCAGGUAGUGCCGCUCUGCCACAGUGCCAAAAUAAAGAUGAUGAAAUACCUCAACCGCGCAGCCAUUCAGUCUCAGGAUUGCAAGUUAGUGAUAGUCCUAGUCAUCAAGUCAUACAAGAGAAGCCUCUCACAGAUAUGCAGUUGAAGUAUGAUAAUGAUAGGUUGAAGUUAGCUUUAGCACAAAGUUCUGCUAACGCCAAAAAAUGGGAGAUCGAACUAGCCACUUUAAAAAGCAAUAAUGCUCGUCUAACGAGCGCACUUCAGGAAAGCACAGCAAACGUUGAUGAAUGGAAGAGGCAGUUAGCAAGCCUGAAAGAGGAGAAUCUGCGUAUGCGCUCCAAAUACCAGGCUGAUCUUGAAAAUAGUCAAGGAGGAGGAGAUAUAGCAGAUGAAUUGAGAAAAGAAAUACAUUCCUUAAGAAUUCGAGUUGAUCAACUUGAAGCUGAGUUGGACUGUAAAAAUAAUGAGUUAAAACUACAAAAUUCUUCACAAAAAUCAAAUGAAAUUCAGGUAUUACAGAGAGAAAACCAAGAACUCAUUGAUACCGCCAAAUUAGCACAAACAGAACUCGAUGUGGCUUUAGGAGCUCACGAAUCUCAAAGACAAGUUCUUGUCACCCUCAACGAACAACUCGCCUCGCGCAUACAAGAUUUAGUUACUAUCCAUGACGAAAUUUCUACCGCUUUACAAACCUGAAGAUCUGUAGCAACUGUUGAAAAGUUAUUAGGUUUGAUACGUUCUAAUUAUAUAAAUCUUAUCAAAUUGCAAUGUAUUGGUCAUAAUGAGAUUAAUGUUCAUUUUGCGAUAGAUUAUUGAACUGAUAUGCAUAAAUUCAACUAUAAUGUUUAGGGUGUACCUGAAUAUACAGUUGAAAAUUUACUCAAAGAUAUGUGUAUAUCAUUACCUGCUGGUAUGGAAUAUUUAUUUAAUCACCAUAAGUGAUGACAGAAAUGAAACAUGACUAUGUUAUUCCAAACAGAAAUACUACGAAAUAAAAUAAUGAGAAAAGCUUGUACUGUUAAUUAUAUA